AACAACAUGAAAUGGCCCACUCAACGAUCGCAUGAGCCCAAGAUGGCAUAGUCCAAACGACGGAUUGGGCCCAGCAGAAACGCGAGCCAUACGCGAACAUAACUGUACGGGCACGGCCUGUUACGGCAGGCAAGCAGACGAGACGCAGCUGCAACCUACCCCAAAUCCCUCCGCCAUCGCCGCCGCCGCCGCCACCGCUGCCGGCGCCAUGCUCCGCCUCCGGAGCUGCAUCGUCUCCCACCUCCUCUCCUCUCCGGCCGCCUUCCGUGUCUCUUCGCCCCACCGCCUCCUCUCCGCCGCCGCGGCCCCCAUUUCCCCGAGCCAGCGCUUCGCCGUGGAGGACUACCUCGUCUCCACCUGCGGCCUCACCCGAGCCCAGGCGCUCAAGGCCUCCACGAAGCUCUCCCACCUCAAGUCCCCCGCCAACCCCGACGCCGUGCUCGCCUUCCUCGCCGGCCUCGGCCUCUCCGGCGCCGACAUCGCCGCCGCCGUCGCCAAGGACCCGCGGCUGCUCUGCGCGGGCGUGGACAGGACCCUGGCCUCCAACGUCGUCGGGCUCACCGGCCUCGGCCUGUCCGGCUCCGACGUCGCGCUCCUCGCCACCAUCGCCGGCGAGCCCUUCCGGUUCAAGUCCGUCGUCCCCAAGCUGCAGUACUACCUGCCCCUCUUCGGCUCCUCCGAGAACUUCCUCCGGGCCCUCAGGAAGAGCUCCCACCUGCUCACGUCCAACCGCGACAGGGUCGUCGAGCCCAACGUCGCGCUCCUGCGGGAGUGCGGGCUAGCUGCUUGCGAUAUUGCCAAGCUGUGUAUGGUCGUGCCAAGGAUCCUCACCGCAAAUCCAGAGCUUGUCCGGGAGAUGGUGGCAUGCGCUGAAGCUCUAGGCGUGCCCCGCGGCUCUGGGAUGUUUAGGCAAGCGCUGCAGGCUGUCUCGUUCAAAAGCAAGGAGAAGAUCGCCGCCAAAGCGAGCUACUUGAAGAAGAUAUUCAGGUGGUCUGAUGCUCAAGUGAGCCAUGCUGUGUGUAAGGCUCCGAUUGUGCUGAGGAAGUCAAACAGCUCGCUGCAGCAAAGGUCCGAGUUCUUCCUCUCCGAGAUGGGGCUGGAACCGGCGUACGUUGCUCAUCGCCCGGCAUUGCUCUCUUACAGCAUGGAGGGCCGACUCAGGCCCAGGUACUAUGUUAUCAAGUUCCUUAAGGCAAAUGGAUUGCUAGGUCAGUACCGGGACUACUAUAAUAUAGUCAUGCUGAGCGACAAAGUAUUUAUGGAGAGGUUCAUAUGCCCUCACAAGAAGGCUGCACCACACCUCGCUAAAGACUAUGCAACUGCUUGCAAAGGGGAAGUGCCAGCUAAUUUCAGAUUUACAUGAACCAAGAAAAGGCUAUGGAAAAUUUGUAACAUGUGUAUGGCGCGACAAAGUUUUCACUCUGCAUUGUAUGCUGGUAACUCUUGUCUCAGUACUCAUUGCCUAACUUGAUGUUGGCUAUAUUUGAUAGUAUAUCCAUGACAUGCCAGUUUCGUCAUUGCUAA